CAAAAUUUGAAAGUUCCCUAUUGCACGCCCCUUGUAAAAAUGACUUUGAACACUGCAAAUUAUGUAUUCCAGUUACAAGACGCGAAUGAUAGUACUUAAGCAAUAACUGACUUAAGCAAUAACUGAGUUGCUAGAUGACCCUCGCCCAGCCUGCAAAUUCCAACUAGUGCCUUGUGGAGUUCAGCAGCAGAAAUUUUCUGCCACCAGAGUAAAUUGCAAUGUAAGCGUGGCCUUCUCAGAAAUUGCAGAGUUUAUCAUCUAAAAGUUGCACCUUUUGUAAAUUUUCUUCCUCCAUUUCUAAAUUUGCUAUAGCAUCAUCAGCUCCGUUUUCCGAUACAAAGAAGUAUAAUCCACCGAAAUCAAACAGCGGAAAUACACAUUACUGUAUUAGAAAGAAAUAAAAUUUUCGUAGCACACGUUUUCUUUCUUGACUUCAGUUUUCUCGGGAGCCAAAUGGAAAAUUGAAAAUAACCUGCCUUUCCACUCAUGGAUUCAAGGUCGGACUUCUCAGCUCUGUCGCCAGACAAGGAGGAGAUGUCGGAACUGGUAUCGGACUCGGUUGCAUCCUCCUGUUGCUGGUGGUCUCGGAAACAGAAACUAGAACUAGAAGGCGCCGCAGUAGAUGAUUCCAUGGGAACCGAUUUCCAAUGAAACGAACACAACCGCGUUCUUGAAGUAACAGAUUUCGAUUCAAGAAUUCGAGAUUGCUUGGAGUUUUCUGUUGUCUUUUUGCGCCAUCAGUCGCUCAGGCUUCGGUUCCUUUGCUUAACAAAUGCAAUAAGGCACCACUUUUGUCAUUCUUCUUCAUCUCCUGUAUCUCAUGAUUUUGUUAUUGGCGCCAUUACUAAGCGACGAUGUCAAACCUCGUCGGCUCAGACGCCUAGACAAAACCACAAAUGAUUGGUAUACGUCAUUUUUAAUUAAAACGAUGAGAUAAUACGUCGUUUUACUGCAGCGGAAGCCAAGGGCUAAUUCACGACCCACGAAGCCAUCAAAUUUUCAACUCCAAACGGAUGGUCAAGAGUCGUCGAGUCCGUGAAACGUGAGACGAAAGAUGAGACGAGGACUCCGGUAUCUAGGUAUCGUUGUGGCGCUUCUGAUCAUCGGCGGAGGUUUCCGUAGAAGCUCCGGAGAUGGAGGAGAGUUCAGCGGAGACUACUCGAAGCUAUCGGGGAUAAUAAUUCCUGGUUUGGCCUCGACUCAGCUCAGAGCUUGGUCUUUCCUCGACUGCCCUUAUUCUCCUCUUGAUUUUAACCCUCUUGACCUCGUCUGGCUCGACACCACCAAGCUUCUUUCCGCUGUAAAUUGUUGGCUUAAGUGUAUGCUGCUUGAUCCUUACAAUCAAACAGACCAUCCUGAAUGCAAGUCGCGGCCUGAUAGCGGUCUUUCUGCGAUUACAGAACUUGAUCCUGGUUAUAUAACAGGUCCUCUUUCUUCAGUGUGGAAAGAAUGGAUUAAGUGGUGCAUUGAGUUCGGUAUUGAGGCUAAUGCAAUUAUUGCUGUUCCAUAUGAUUGGAGAUUGGCGCCAUCAAUGCUUGAGGAGCGAGAUCUUUAUUUUCAUAGGCUCAAAUUGACAUUUGAAACUGCAUAUAAACUUCGCGGUGGACCCUCUAUUGUAUUUGCCCAUUCUUUGGGUAAUCAUGUCUUCCGCUACUUUCUGGAAUGGUUAAAGCUAGAAAUUGCUCCAAAGCAUUACAACCAAUGGCUGGACAAACAUAUUCAUGCCUAUUUUGCUGUUGGAGCUCCUCUUCUUGGUGCAACUGAGAGUGUAAAAGCAACACUUUUUGGAAACACAUUUGGUCUUCCUAUUUCUGAGGGUACAGCUCGAUUGAUGUCGAAUUCUUUUGCGUCCUCAUUAUGGAUGAUGCCAUUUUCAAAGUAUUGUACAGCCGAUAAUCCAUACUGGAAACAUUUCUCUGGGGCAUCCAGGAAAAGUCAUCAGACUUAUCAAUGUGAAGAGCAUGAAUUUCACUUAAAUUACUCUGGAUGGCCAACAAAUAUAGUCAAUAUUGAAAUCCCUUCUAUCCAUGCAUUUGAUGCCUAUCCAUCAAUUACAGAAGUAGCACAGACCAACUUGUCUAGCAUGGAAUGUGGACUCCCAAGUCAGUUAUCUUUCUCAGCUCGGGAAGUAUCAGAUGGGACUUUUUUCAGAGCAAUAGAGGACUAUGAUUCUGAUAACAAGAGACUCUUAUACCAACUACAGAAGUUAUAUCAUAGUGAUCCUGUUCUGAAUCCACUUACACCUUGGGAUAGACCACCAGUUAAAAACGUUUUCUGCAUCUAUGGAAUUGAUUUGAAAACUGAGGUUGGUUACUAUUUUGCGCCAAGUGGCAAGCCUUACCCUGAUAAUUGGAUCAUAACAGAUGUCAUUUAUGAGCUUGAAGGAUCUCUGUUCUCAAGGUCAGGGAAUCUGGUUGAGGGGAAUCCUGGAGCUGCAAGUGGGGAUGAAACAGUACCAUAUAAUUCUCUCUCUUUGUGCAAGAACUGGCUUGGACCAAAAGUUAACAUAACCAGAACUCCUCAGUCAGAGCAUGAUGGCUCUGACGUACAGGUGGAACUGAAUGUAGAACAUCAGCACGAAGCAGAUAUAGCUCCCAACAUGACAAGGUCUCCAAGGGUAAAAUACAUUACCUAUUAUGAAGAUUCUGAAAGCAUUCCAGGAAAGAGGACAGCAGUUUGGGAGCUUGAUAAAGCAAAUCACAGGAACAUUGUUAGAUCCCCUGUUCUAAUGCGAGAGUUGUGGCUCCAGAUGUGGCAUGACAUCCAUCCUGAUAGAAAAUCAGAAUUUGUCACAAAAGCUAAGCGUGGACCUUUGAGGGAUGAUGACUGCUAUUGGGACUAUGGGAAGGCUCGGUGUGCGUGGCCUGAAUACUGUGAAUAUAGGUACCUUUUUGGGGAUGUUCACCUAGGACAGAGUUGUAGGUUGAAGAAUUCUUCAGCUGAUACACUUUUGCAUUACCUAUAGAUGAGAAGGGAUCCUUAUUCUUUGUUGUCUCAGUUACUAGUUACUGGCAUUGGGCAUUGUUCCAUUCUUACAAGCUCUUGCCAAUUGAUGCUGAAAUUUUUAUACACUCUUGGAAGCUGGAAUUCAAACAGUUAGGCCAUUCGGUUAUGCGUCAUGCAUAAUGAGACAGAGUUAGAAGCCUCAGAAUGGCUGGUGGUUGUCAUCUCUGUUGGAAUUCUAACUUAUCAUCUCAGGUUCCUCCUUUUGGCUGCUUGCACCAUAUCUGCUUUCAUCAGCCGAAAGCUUCCCUUCUGUACUACGCGUUGUAACUCAGGCAUAGCUAAUCUUUUCCAGUAGCUUCUCAUAAGCACAUCCUUGAGCUCUAACAAUUACAGCACCAAAAGUAGAUUCUCAACUUCAUGUAUGCGCACUAACAUGGCUACAGUUGAUAAGAUGCUAAUAAAGGAGUGUGAUUGCAAGUAGAAUAUGACUGGGCCCGCACAGAGAACUAAAUAGUCUCGACUCGAGCAUUGACGAGAGCCUAAAAUCUUUUGGUGCAAGAUAAAGGUGAUGAAAAAGGAUUACUGAUGUAUGGCAAGGCCUGUAUUAUAAUUUGAAGCAUGUUUACUGAAUAGUUUUUCACUCUAUUUUUUUUUUUUUUAUACAUCAGUCAUGCUUUUCGAUUAUAGAGCCCAAACUUUGCUGAGAUAAUCUUGUUUAGGCUUAUAUGGAUAGAAAUGAAGCUAAGGACUAUUCGUGGUCCCAACGAUAUAGAAGUUUCUCUGCGAAAUUCUGUCAGAA